UAUACUACUGUGUACCUAUAUCAUCGUUACACCUACAGGUGCUCAAACUGUGUUUUAGGGUGUUUGUAUAGAAAUGGCCUCGCGGGAAAGCUAAUUAUAGGUUCUUUCAAAAUCUGAGACUAUAUGAGACAUCGGAGGGUACCUAGCUGUAUAAUUACUCAUAAAUGCUCGUUGAAGUGAAAUAAUUUUAAAUAUUCAUACGAAGAUUGUCUCAAAAGAGCAGCCUCUUACAUUAGCUGUGUGACAGUAACAGCACACCUGGUCACUGCGGUGUUGCUUUUCCUUCCCCUCAAGCUUCAGCAGCUGGAACAAAAAUACUUUGCAUGUGUUUGGAAGUAGAGUUUUUUGCUUUUAAGCAGUAGGAUGGAUGCUGGUACUUGAGGGUGACUCUCCUUCCUAGUAAGAGGAUCACAGGUAUAUCAUGGGGGCUUUCUAAAAAUUCUCAGUUUGAGUAGUAAAUUCCCUGAAAUUCUAUAAUAUGACACUGAACUGAGGAUGGAAUCAAAUUCCAGUGAUUUAGAAGUUACUAAUCUUGACUUCUGGUGCUGCUUUUGCAACAUUUGGUACAUUAAGUACCCAGUCACUGUUGCUUUGCUUGGAAUAUCUUCAGUAACCGACUCUAUCCGCAGCUGAAGCUUGCUUCUUCCUGGGCCGUUUCACUCUGGUUGAAAGAAAUGUAGAAAUAACUGGAGGAGGUCUUGUCCUGGUGCUUCUCCCCUUAGCUCAUUAGAGAAGCGAAGGAUAACUUGCCUGGGGUGAAGUGCUAACUGGUAGGCUGGUUUGAGCUGUGAAGCUUUCAAUUGCUGGGCCAUUUCAAGUCCUCAUAGUCCACAUAGGCACUUCCUGUGAACGUGUGGAAGACAAGCGAUAACCUAUUAGAGGGGACUAAAGGUGGGAAUUCUGGAGUGAUUUGCUGAGAUAAGAGCAGUGCCAAACCUGCAGCUUGUAAUAAUUCAGCUUGGAGAAGAGAGCAACCUUGAAACCUGUCUGAUACGAUGCUUACCUGCAGAGGGUGGUUCAGUUCAUCAGUCACUGCUCUGGAUGAUGCCUGAGGUGGGUGGGUGUGUUGGCGUGGGAUGCACAGCCUGUGGAUUUGUGGCCAGAGGACGAAGGGAUUUUACUUGACUGGACAAGUCUAAAGUUGGUAGAGCACAGAUGCUCAGAGCUACUCCUCAUUUUCUUGUCUUGAGAGUGGUUUUUAGUAAGCUGUUUGUAUAAGGUACAGGUGCAGGUGUUCCUGCCCUUUGAGGGACACACCCAGAAAGCAGUCCUAUUAAAAUUAAUAGCGCUCUUGCAUCAUUCUUUAGACUGCUGUGCUCUCAUUCAGCACUAAGGUAUGAGGACUUUUCCUCUUGCAUAAGGCGACUUGAUCUGCUCUGGUUGAGGAGGAAAGAGUUUGGCAGCUCACUGAAGAGUGAGUUGUAUGCUGUCAUGCCCUGUAGCUUAUUUUUCUGAACUAUUUCAAGCUACUGUUCAGCUUUCUAACCUGUCUUAGUAUGUACAGCUGCCUGAUACUGAGCUACUAAUUAAACUGAUGUGGUGAUUAUCUGGUCAGCCCUUCCUGAAUGCAGUUCCUUUACUACUUCUAGCCUACUUCUUGCUACUAGACGUGGUUUGUUUGGUGCUUGAAUUAGGGACCUAGCAAGGUUAAACCUCACGUACUUAUUGAACUUAUUUUAAAGGCCCCAAAAUUAUAACAGGCUUAAUCUACUUUGUACCCUUAUAGUUUCUAAAUAUAUAUAUAGCAAUUCUUGCUUUUUAUUCUUUCCCCAACAAAAGUUGGUUUCUAGUCUAAUCAGAAACACUGGGUGCCCUAUCAAGCCCAGCUCAUUGAGUAAUGUAACUGUUUAAAAAACAAUCCAACCACUGAACAAAACUCCCCCCAAAGCCAGAAACUUUUCAGUAAACUCGUGCAGGUUCAGUAGUAUUUCUGAGCUAACUGACUUCACUUACAGGCAAGGAGUGAUAAUUGAAAGUGUGCUGUGACAAAAGAAGUUAGUCUCAUUAAAUGUGACUGGCUCCAUGGAAAGACAAGAAGGGACUUAGUAAUUUUUGCACAAAAAGCUUAUGUUAGGAGUAAGCACCUGAACUGGGAGGAAUCUAAGUUUACAGUUUAAAGAGACUUAAUGCCAAAAAAACCUCCAAAAAUUUGUUUUAAACACCACAGUUCUUAUACUGAAUCUUGCCAAGGUAAUUAAAGAAUUCCUAAAGCUAGUUUGAAUUUCCAGGCUGGGUUUGGAAAGCAGUGUCCUUCCACAGGUGCGGAGAACGCUCAAGUUUGUUCAGGUAGGUUGGUGAGCAGCAGAGGUUUUCAUACUGGAAAGCUGUUUUGUUUUUUCUGUCAGCAAUCAGAAGAUGUUGCUGUGCAGCACAUAAGGUGCAGUGGUGCAUGUUGCCAGUUGGGCUCUCUGCUGCUUGUGAAAGGUCAGCUUUUGAACCUCUGUGAGUCAACAAGCAGUAAGCUUCAAACUGGUGCUCUAGCUCUGUGUUCUGGAACCUCAGACCUCCUAGUUGGUUCUGGAAAACUUAAGAGGAAGAGCAGUGCCUGUGUGUGUAGUUGGUUUUCUUGAGAUCUGCUUGAUUGUUUGCAACUUGCUGAAAUGUGAGAGGUGAAGGAAUACCCUAGGGUCAGUUUAGAGAGGGUUUGUUGAGCUGAAUGCAGAAAAACCAUGGUUAAACAACUCAAUGUGUCAUGUUUGCAAACAGAACCAAUCAACAUUGUAUUUCAAUAGACAGGAGUCAAGUUUUGUGACUGUAUUCUGCCCUAGGUGACUUCAUGCAAAGUGUUGUUGAAAGACUUAACAGAUUCUACUUGUUGAAACAGAUUCUAUGUGUUGAAACAGAUACAGUGGAUUCAAACCUGUCUAAGGAAGGUCCUGGUUAUUAGCUGACUUCUGAGCAUCCACUUCACCUGUAACACCUCAAAACUCAUGCUGAUGACUUAGAUACUUCUGUUUCUUAUAAUACCCUAACCAAAACAUUAAGAGUUCAAACAGCACAUUGAUAUCUUUAUAGUGGAUAUAUAUGCAAUGUGGAAGAGAAAGUUGUGAAGCUGGGAAUCCAUAGUUUGUGCUGUGUGAGAGACAGCUCAGCCUCUGAAUGGUAUUCAGAGCAUCUUUGCCAUGUUAUAAAAAGUGUGUUGCCUGGUGUUCAACUGCUCCUCCAGCACAGAGCUUUUUGUAACCUUUAAACUCAGUAAGUAUAGAAUAGGAAUUUGUCCUGUUAAAACCUGCAUUUGUUUAAAGAGCAAACUUCUACUUACUCACCUGUGUCCUACAUCUCUAGAUCUCAGUUACUUAAAUACCAAGGUGUGUGUCACUCCAAACCUAAGUGAUUUUUUUUAGAAGUAAAAGUGACCUGUAGCAAACAAAGCUGUACUUAUCCUGCCACACCUCUUCUGCUCUUCAGUUUUAAGUACAGCAUUGAACUCAUGGAUUAGUAUUUAGGAGCUGAUCUGUGGGUGACUCCUCGCUAUGUGAAAUCCAAGAGGUUCUCCCAAUUACUUCUCAGAUGAAGAAUAUCUGAAUUAAGUGUUAUCUUGAAGGUGAUGUUUUAUACCACCUGAUGCUAUUCUACAGUCUUUAGGAAGAGUGAGGAAAGUCCUUCCUAGUGUCUCAUCUGAACAAAAUGGGCUGACUGAACACUGUGGCAUGCAAUUGGUUAAAAAAGAACCACGCUAGAAGUGUUUGAACUCAGCUGAAUGGAAGUGACCAAAGGCUCCAACUCUGAAGUAAGAAAUAAGUCUAAUUUAUCUAGUUAGGUUUGUUCCACUUAGAACCCUCAGUGAAGGUACUGUGUGAGAACAGGCUUCAAUAAAGUCCUUCCUUUGUGUUUUGUGGUAGUCUGAAGCUGUCACCGGAGCAGUGCUGAUGCUGCCAUCCCAACAGCUCAUCGAGCUAAAUUCUUAACUUCAUCACAGCUUUACUUCCUUCCAGUGUUCUAUGUCAUUGUCACCAGUGACACAGCAAGACAUCAACAUCUUAACCUUUUGUCUUGCUUUAGUCCCUCAUCCCUUGCAUCUUCAGACAUCCACGUGCUGUGCUGGGUGCCGUGCUCAGCAUGACUGCAUACUCUGAAAGCAUUUAUUUUUUUAUGCCAUGCUUCCAGGCCAAGGCUGCUGCAAGCAAAAUGUGUAAUGAGUGCUUCUUCAGGGCUUUAUCUUCUGUAAACAAAAUCGUCUCUGUCCUAAUGUUAAGUUGCUGGCUUGUAAGCCUUCACUGGGCAGAGUGCUGCUGCUGUGGUGUGGCCUGUGAUAGGUACUGAGCAACAGGGCUGCUCUGCAGAUCAUGCGACUGAGCUAAGAAUACGGGUUGCCUUAUGGCACUGGAAUGCUGGCGUGAAUUCUGGCGCAGGGAGAGCAGGGUGUUGGCAGUGCAGCCAUUGCUGCUGAUUUUAGUUACCUCUCAAAAAAUGCAACUGUUGUGUCAUGAGGGUUUACCUCUGCUGUCUGGCACAGAGGUUAUAUUGCUUGUGGCACUGCUUGAGCUCUGCUGGGGAUUUAUGCAGGAAGUGAAAGCAGAUGCAUUCCUUUCUCAGAGACCUGUUUUAUUAAUUGUUAACCGUAACUGUUAAAAGUUCUGGCUUUUGGUACUUGCAGUUCUGUUUGAUACCUAAGCUGAUAAAUGUUCCUGUGUUUUCCACAUAUAAAAUAUGCUUAUUCCUUGUGGGGUAUGGGAUAGAGUUACUGGAUUUGUAGAUGUUGAGGUGUCUGUAAGUUGGCUGUUAGAGCACUGCGCUGAGUCUUGGUGCUGGAAGUUACUCAGUAACUUGGAUUUGGUUGCUGAGCUGCAAGUAAUAGUGCUGGUGAAACUUAGCAAGGUUAAAUGAAAAAUGUACAAACAACAAAUACCCAAUUCAGGUCCUGUUCCAAAGGGUAAUAACACCUUACUUAGUAAUAUCACUAACGCAGAUACCUGUGUGGCUCUGAGACUAAGAAUUUGUUAUUGGUGUUAGUACCUGGGCAGUGAGGGUAUUCUCUUCUAAAUGUAUGUAUUCUCUUCUAUUGUAUGUUUUUAUGGUACUGUAAGGAAAGUUAUUACCUGGGAGCUUACUAGAAUGCUGAAGAAGCAUGAUUCCUUUGCAACUUACAAGGGAAAUGAAAUAUAUGCAUUGCCGUGUUUGCUGUGGUGUAAGUUACUUCAGAAUGUUGGCAGAUCCUCCUCUGUGGGAUCGUGUAUCAGUCUGCUAGCACAUUUAAUCCAGCUUUGAUUUGUCAAGAUCUCAGAGGUAGAAACAAAAAGCACUUUGUCCUGGCUAUUCUCAUGAAGACUGACACUUGAAUCACUCUUUCUAGUUGUCUAUUCAGUUAUUUCCUUAGCAUGCUGUACUCGCUGAAUGAAGCUCAUUGUUUAGUAGUAAACCAUAAUUGGGUUGCUUCCAUUCAAAGGCUUUCAUCUAUAGGUUGAACAUCUCAUUCUGACAAUUUCAAAUGAGGUAUCUGAACAGCUUCAAGUUCAGUCUUUCCGGUGUAAUGUAGUGAGGCUUCUCUUACAGCUCCAGUAGCUUGUCUGUGAAACAAAGCUGUGCCGUGCUGAGCCUUACUGCUGUCUUCCAUCCACACCCCUGAUGUAACCUUUUCCUUGGAUGAGGGGUGAACAGUGGUAUUUCUUGGUGGAUACCACGUGAUAGGGCUGCUUUGUAGAUCAUGCAACUUCAGCUGAGCUGUAGUAAAGCUCUGUAGAAACAGCAUCUGGUCAGUUUUGGGGAACUCUCCAGAGAACCAUACGUGCUUACUGCUGCUUUCUUUCUGAGAUGAUGCAAAUCUGACAGAAUAUCCUGAAGAGGCUGCAUCCAGGUUUUAGUUCUUCCUUUUUAUAUUAUUGUAAACAUUUCUUCUCCACUGCUGGUCCCAGCUGUCUAGAUGCACCAACAAGUCUGAAUCUUUACCUUGCUGUAUAACUUUUUUUCACAAUUUUGGAAGCUCUAAGCAUCAGGACUUGAAACGUCUAAUGCAUAUUCAGGCCAUCUGAGAAUUUCCAUGACCCUUGUAGGUGGUCAUAAUGUAUUCAGUCUGAAGCAGUCGAGCUUGGUUUUCCUGCUGCUUACUUUAAACUUUUCAGGCCUGUUUGUGUUUACCUUAGUUAAGCAGUAAUAAUUGUUUAGGCAUUAAACUGAGCUAUCAUAUUGGAAGAACAAACCAACCAAAUAAACAUUAUUGCAACUUCCUGAUAAUGAAAAUUCCAAUCAUGUAAUACUUGAUUUAAUCUUUAAGCUUGGAGGAAAAUGGGAGUGGUGAUGGAAGAUCUCCUUUGUAACUGACUUUCAGUCAGCUAGGUAGUGCAUGCAAAAAGCUUGAUCUAUGUGGGGAGAAUUGCUGUGACCUUAUGACUACUGAGCGUAACAGCUACUUGUUAUGUUAAUACAGGGAACAUCUGAGUUACUCCUUCAAGCAUUUGAACACCAAAGAACGUGGUGUCCACUUAAGUUCUUUAAUUACUGGUGCUUCCCCAGACAGUCUGGAUGAUGUUGUUUGCUUCCUUAUAGCAAUUGCCUAGAUAUGUUUAGGCUGGAAACUGGGGAGUUAAGAACACUGGGAUGUUUCUGUCUUCUAUCUAAAUCAGAUGUGGUCAAGCACAUGCCUGUCUUGCAGAGGGUGUACAGAGUAGGGAAGAACUAAUCACUGAAUGAUGGAAUGUGGGCCUUCUGAAAAGGAGGCUAGAUCAGAUACGAGCAUCUAGCUUUAGAUGAGAAGAAUCUUACUGAUGGUCUCCAGUGCAUUUUCUGCAUACAGCUAAUAUGAGUAUUGGCACUAAGGAUGGUUCUAGUAAAGGUGAGUCUCUUAACUGCAGAUAGUUUUGGCAGUUUUCUUAGCAUGACAACUUUAAAAAUUGCUGUAGAAGUUCUGAAGAGCUCUGACAACUCAGCUGAACGUUCUAUAUAAGAACAGCUGACUCACUGGAGAAUGUACAGCGCUCCUGCUUUAAGUUUAAUCACGUGCUUACAAGUCAGAGUUGUUAAGGCUUCUAUCCUCCCAAGUUAGGGCAUCAGUUCUGUUUCAUUACUCUCUUAAAUUGCACACUACCUCAGACCUGUUUAACUCACUCUAUGUUGUGUGCUUACCUUCAGGCACUCAUUUCCAGCCCUGCAGGCUGAAACACAGCUGUAUGCUCUGUUGCUCAGCUGAUGGGUAUAUGGGCACUGACUGAGGUAAGCAUCUCAAGGCUGCUUCUGUGUGACAGUAAGUGCCUGUGUCAGGUGAUUAUUGUAAGGCUCAGACAGACCUGCACACAUGUGCUCCUGACUCUCAGAGGGAUGCUGGGUGGUGAUGCUGAUCCCUACCAGUUCAGAGAUUUCUGCUGUAGAAGAAACUUGCCCCAGAGCCAACUUCUGAUUGUACAUCCUGUUAAUUUUUUUCUCUUUCUGAGGUGCUGCGGUAGAAUGAGCAUCAUAUCUGAAAUGCUUGUAUUUUGAGCAGUUAAUGCAGAAUAGGUUGAUUGGUUAUUGAACAAUAGUGAUUUUAUUGAGUUCUUGGAUGCCUUUAAGAUCAUUAUGGUAGCUUGCUAUCAUGUUAACAGAACCAUUCUAAAUAUACUUCAGCACUGCAUUCUUGAUGGAGUAAUUGUGAUGCCAGAACUUGAUUCCUGAUUAUGAAUACAUCUUACAUAUGCAUGCAUGUGAGAAUGACAGAGCAGCACAUGCUGGACGUGAAGGUAGUAUUUCUUUCAGUGUGACUUGGAGUAUAUGGUACAAUUAUCCUUUUGCUUUUAAAGCAUUAUACAAGCUCAGUAAUGUGUGGCUCUUCAGAAGUGACUGCAAGCUGCAGGUUAUGGGAAAGUCUGACUACUUCAAAUGAGAAUGCAUCUUGGCUUCUGCAGUCUGUGUAGGAAAACCACUUGCAGAGCUUGCUUUGGGUGCUUUCAUUGGACGUGUCAUAUCAGGAGGGCACUUCGGUUGUUUCCAUCUGCAUGAGAAGUCCAUCUUCUGGUUCUGGAUUCCCAGGCUCUCCGGCUUUUCUUUUUAUUAGAUUUCCCCAGCUUUCUUCUGUACUACCUUAUUCCUCAUUAGCCCAAGUGUUAGAGGUGAGUGUACCUGCAGGUUUCUGUAAUGGGUUGGUCUGACUGUUCUCAUGUCUGCUUGUGUCUCUAAGCUUGCGCCUGUUUGCUUAACCUAAAGGAAAUGCAUUGAUGUUCUGGACAGGAAGGGACUUGUAUUCCGGGAGUCAGACUAUCUGGAGGAUGCUAUCUAGCAUAUGUACCUGAUCUCAGUGAGGAUGGGUACAUUUUUUUUUAUUACUUUUGAUUAGGAAGCUAGUAAAAUAUGUUUUUUGAAUACUGUCUUUAAACUGCCUGGUCAACCUGGAAGAGCUGGACUCUCUUUGAGUAGUACUUUUCUCUUUGAGCACUUCCAGACUUGCCAGUGACUGGAGAGUUUGUUCCUUGCUUCAGAGUUGCCUUUAAGUGUUGGGAGUUUUUGACAGUGCAGUAGACUUCAGCACAAGUACAAGGUGACAGCUUGAAGUAGGGAGAAGUUAAAGCUCCAGAAAACUGGAGAUAAGGGAAGAAGAAAAUAUGAAGAACUGAUAUACUAUUACUACUGCAUUUCCAUACCUGUGUAAGACCUAUACAUUAAACUUAUGUUAGCAUGCUGCUAAAACCUUCCCCCUACUUUUCUUCCUUUUCUGUGGAGACAAAACGACAGGCUUCAGUUCCUCUGUGUCUUGCUGCUUUAAUUCUUCCGAGGGCUGCUUUCAGAGUAGCUAUGCUUCAUGCUUUGGCAACCUUGCUUGAACUGUCAGUGCAGUCUGCAGGCCUCUCACUAUGAAUACUGCUGGCAUAGCAGGUGAUUGAGCAGUGGAAGCAUGAGUAAGUCUCUCACUGGCUGAUUCUCAAGUCUGACAUCAUAUCCAAGAAAUAGAUGGCUCUCUUUCACCAUGAGGAUAAUGAAAUAAUUCCUACUGUGUUAUUCAUUAACUCACAUUUCAUUCAGCGGCUCCUAAGAGGAUAGCAAGUAUGCUAGAGGUGAACUUACAUAAGACUUUCUUCUGACAUUCUUUUGUUAAGAUAAGCAAGAGUUAAAGCUAUGGCAGACCAAGCUUAUACAUGGCAGCGAUGCCUCACUGGGGCAGGUGAUAUGUUGUGUAUUACGCUUACUGACUUUCAAACUGAAUGGUUUUGACUUAAAGGAGGUAGCCUGUAUUUAAAGAUAUUUGAGAAUUAACUAAUGCACAAAGCCAGGUGAAGUUCUUCUUUGGUGUGGAGGCUGCAGCUUGCUGAGCAGCUGCAUAGAGCAUAGAGGUGAUGUUCAGCCCAGCACGCGAAUGCUUCAGGGCAGUUAGAGGAGUCCAACAAAUAAACUGGGGGACCUGCAGCAGUGAAAGCACAUGAAAAGCAGUGUACAGAACUGCUUGUAGAGGAGCCUGUUAAAAGCUUGCUGGUCUUUUAGUAUUUGCACUAAUGUAUGUUGAGCAUGUAAAAUUGGAAUCUCUCUUAAAUGUUAGUGUCAUGUCUUCCCUCUGCGUGUACGCUUGUUUUGUCUGUUUAAACACCUGCUGAACAGUACUCUGCAAGGGAGCUUUAAAGGAAAGAAUGAUGACCUGCUUUGCUACAGGGUUUUCACUACUAUUAAGUUAAAGAAAAGGCAGACAACUCUACCCCUAGCUUUGGUGCUGAAUGUUUUCAAGGGGUCUGUGAGGGUUGGCUGUGACUCAUCUUGGCUAUGAUGCAGGUUCUUGACAACCUGAACUUCCUAAUGAAGGGUUGUGGCUGUUAUUCAGGUUACCAUACUGAGUGUGAGCACUGUGCAAUUCUGAAGGCUUGCCAAGGAGUUCAUCUCUCCAAAAGAGAUUUACCUGAAUUGUACAAUUAAGCUGUGCUGACUGGAGUAUUCAAAUACCUGUUCAAUCUUUCUUGCUCUGAGUGCACUGGCAUCAGUAGUUUAUCCACACAGGUAAUAACAGAUUUCUGAGGGAAGGCUGCAGUUGUCUUGGGCGUCUGAAAUCCAGAACUUCAGGACAGCCCAACAGAGUCUUACAUUGUCUAUUUGUAGAAGCAUUGGAUGAGGGAGUAGCAGCUUCAGCUAGGAGGAGCAGCAAGGUGGUGGUAUAGUGGGUGGGAUGGCUGCCUGCCUGGAGAUGUGGCUGUGUCCUUGACCUGCUUCAAAUCACUGUGCUGGUAGUAAGUUACUGGGAGCUCUUAGAGCUGCCUGGCUAGCUAUACUUCUGCAGUUCAGACCCUCAGCUAGUGGGAGUUGUAUUUGCCAGAUAUGCAGCAAAAUAAUAUAAGCUUGAAGUAUUUGAGGAACCUGAACUGGGCCAAAGCAAGGUCUUUCUGGUGCCUUGAACUCUUCCUGUGCUUGGUUUUCAACCCUUUGGAUACAUUAAUACCGCUUAACCACGAGGGCCAUUGUGAAAAUGUAAAGCUCCAUGGUGCUCAUCAUGUUCUGAAGAGAUGCUAUGAAAUGAGCUGUGUAGGAGUGACUGAUUUUAGUUGUAGUGCUUCACUGACUACAAGGGUUAGUAAAACGAAUAUAAUAAAGGUCUGUGUUCAGAGGAUGUUCUCCCUCUAAGAGGAGGGGAGUGUAUGGGAAAGAAGAGAUGGAGAAGGGAACUGAGCAUCAUUCAUAAAGCUGAGCUAAUGCUUUGCAGGUGAUCAUCAUGCUUGUAUUUCCUAAUGUGCAGUCCUUGUCUGUGCUCUUUAUGUAUAGGCAUUUUAAGAUGGAAUUACAGCAAGCUGAUUUCCAUUGUGUAUGGGUGGUGAAAUAUCUGCCAUGUCGUUAGCUAGUGUUAGAAUACUUCCGAUGGAAGGGGUAUACAAAGAAAGAGUUCAACUGCUUGAUAACCUCAGGGCUAACCAAAACUUAAACAUGUUAAUGUAACUGACAGGCACAGGACACCAACCACCUCCCUGGGAAACCUGUCCCAGCACUGACCACUCUCAGAGUAAAGAAAUGUUUCCCAAUGCACAGUCUGAUCCUCCCCUGGCAGCGUUGUGCCAUUCUCACAUGUCCUGCCAUGGGCAGCAGGAGCACAGCCCGGUGCCUCUCUCUGUUUCCCCUCCUCAGGGCAUAGUAGGGAGCACUGAGAUCACCUCUUCUAACUGGACAGCCCAGGUGCCCUCAGCUCCUCCUCGCAGGAUGUGCCUCCCAGCCCUCUUACCAGCAUUGCUGCCUUCUUUGGAUGCUUUCAAGGGCCUCAACAUCCUUUUUUUGUGUUGUGGAGACCAGAGGUGCAUAUGGUAUUCAAGAUGAGGCUGCACCAAUACUAAAUAAAAUGAGGGUGUCAACUGGGAGUGGGAGAAUUCAAGUAUGGAUCUGUUUUGUCUUUGUGCAACUGCCUGUAACAGCCUAAACUCCUAGACCAAGACAUCUGCCACCAAAGCACACCUUGCUUGUAGAAUUCGAUUUCACAUCUAGAUUUGUGUAUUAUACCAACUGUGCAAUGUGUCAAAAUGCUCUUGAUGAAGGUGAGAUAGGCUUGAGUUUUCUGAACCAUGUUCUGAUCUGCUUUUUUUCCCAUCCCUGCUCAUUGUGAAGGCAUCUCUUAUCUGAGUGUUUUUCCUCACGUAAUUUUCUUAAGAUUCCAACCUUAAUGGAACAGGUUGACCAGGAGGAAUCCGUGGAGAUGCUCAGACCUUGGAUGGACAAGGCUGAUCCACUUGAUCUAAUUGGAGCUGUGUUAAAGCAGGGGCUUGGACUAAGUGAUGGCCAGAUGUGCCAUUCCCCUUUCCACUUAAAGGGGCAGAAUUACCUGUGUUUUUGUAAUUGAACAUUGAAUCUUCUUCCUGUGACUACAAACAGCACAGGCCUCAGGUGUUGUCUGAGUCCUUCAGAAGGAAUGCUUUCUCUGAAGCUUUCUUGAACCUGAUGGCAAGCUUCACUGCACGCAGCUUUUGUUUGUGGUUAUGGGGAAGAAGGAAACUUGUUUUUUGGGUGGCGCUUUAACAGUUGAUAAGGUCUUAAGGAGAUCCUUGAUUAAUUGAGCAAAUUGAGUUCUCUCAGUAUUUUGUAUGUUGCCUGCUUGUGUGUGACACCAAACAAAUUGUUGGCUGACAACAGUUUUUUGCUACUUAUUUUCAUUGGGAACAGAACAGUAUACUGCAUCUCCAAACCCAAGUAGUAAGCUCCUCAUUUAUUUUGUAUCUACUCUUCUGAUUUACUUGUUAAUCUACAUUAAUGCAACUUGAGAUUUUAUCCUGAUAGAUUUAGGACUGACGUGUAUGUUCAGUAGGUACAAAUGCUACCUUGCUUUUGUACACAGUCAGUUGCCAGAGGAUAUUUCAUAUUCAAGAAUAAAAACUCUUGCUGUGAAGUAUUACUUAAGUGAAUUUAAUUGAAGCUCGAUGUCUGCUUGGUAGACAAGACAAGGACAAGAAUUCAGGUGUUAUACAUGCAUAAACUGAACUAUAUUCAUGCUUAAGCAAGCUUAUGGGCUAAUAUACACAUGUUCUUGCAUGUCUUUGUGAAAUACAACUUAAAGACAAUGUGCUAAAUUUACAGUGAAGAUGGUUAUGAGGCUUCAUUUCCUUAUAAGAAGGUUAAGUCUUGCUGGCUGGGAGAUUCAGAUACAAAACAAAGUGUGUAACUGAAGAUUCCUGCUCACUGAUGUAUGUCUUGUUUAAAAUCUGAGAUUAAACCAUAUUUAAAAUGAAAAUCAUCUUACCUGCUGCAUCAAUAACAGACCUGUUGGACUUCUGUAGUGCUGUGGGAACGAUGGGGAUGCAUUGUGUUUAGGCUGAAGAGCCCAAGCUUCUUGUUUUCUUAAAUUGAUGGUUUCUUUUAAUUACAACCAAGCUCUUCUCAUUUAACUAGGUUUACGUGGAGUCACGUUAGGAAGGAGUGAAUGUUCUUUUAAGGAUAAAACACUUAAAAAUGCCUUGUUGUUGUUAGUGUUCUUCCUUUUCAGAGUUUGGUAUAUCUGCCAGGAAGAAUGAGUUUCUGUAGGGAAAACAAGUGAGAAGCCAGCAUUUGUUUGGCUUGGAUGAAUCCAUACUGAGCUGAGUUUUGGGGGGGAGUGUGUUGUGGAUCAGAGUUCCCCAGGGCAUAAGUGGCUGUGUAUACCAAUAACAGCAUUCCCAUAACAGCAGUAGGAAUAAAGGUUGCUAUUGGAGUGCUUCUGCAGUGUUGAACUGCUCUAAGAGUAUCUAUAUACCAACCCACAACCUGUGGUACCAGUCUGCCAUGCCUCUUUUAGAGGGCCCUUAGUGAAAUAUAUGGUGCUUGAGUUGUACUUUCUGCUAAAAGCCCAAUCAGCAGUAUGGAACUGGUGCUGAUCUGAGCAGGCAGGUAGGAAAGCCUGACUUAAGCCUUUGUUUUGUAGAUAAGCCCAUUUGUGUUGGUUGAUGUCACCAUGGAAAUGCUGCUUCCAAAGGGGCAGCAACACCUGAGCUCUUAUCAAAUGAGGCAAAUAUCUGUAAUUUCUGAAGGAAACGUGAACAUUUAGAUCAUUGGGUUUAUAACUUUACACUGAGCAUGGUUGUGUCAAACCACAUUCUGUGAUAGAACUUAACUUCAACUCCAACUGAAGCACGAGGUUUUUGAUACAUCUGUGCCUUAUGUCCUUUGUUGCCUCUCUGAAAUGCCUAGAUGUGUUUGGCUUCGUGCUGUUUAGCUUUUUAGAGUAAGCAUGUUUUGUUAAUCCGAGUAAAUGUUUCCUUGGCUCUGCACAUCCCUUAAGCGCAGCGUGCAGUAAGCUUGCAGGCCUCCCGGACUAUGGAAGCUGUGAUAUGAAGAAAAGAUUUCUAGGGUGUCACGAAGGAACCCAGCCUCCCUGGCUACUCUCUGAGCAUAACUGAACAGAGUGUAACUAUUUUUUGUUCUGGCGUGCCCAAGAUUUGUGCAUACUGCCUGCAUUCAGUAGCUGGAGGUUACUGGAACCAGAGGAAGAAAAGCCAAUCUGUUCUAAAAUGCUACUGUUGUGCCUUUGGAGGUAUAAGUUUUGGUUUGACAAAAUUGCCCAGACCACUGGCUGUCAUACUCAAAUACUAGACUCAGUGUGUGUAACUAACCUUGGAAGCUGGCUACAGGCAUCGGAGCACAUUAAAACUUGUGUCCCAUCUGUAUCUGGAGAGAUGCAGGACUCGUUGUUGUACCUCAUGCCUCCCCACUCAGAGGUACAAAUGCUCAUGAAAUCCUUGGUAUUUGGUUAGUCUUAGGCAAAGAUACAGCCUUGGCUGUUCAGAGCUCCUUGCUGUAGCUCAGUGCGUGUUUGUCUCCGUGUCCUUUUUCUGCAUGUGUUUGCAGUACCCCUUUGGAGGCUGCCUUUGCUUUUCGUUUCAUCUGAGUCCUGUAUCCCAGCCUUAAGCACAACCUGCAAAGGAGAAGCAGUGUUUAGCCACAUACACUUCCUGCUUCUGGCAGCAACUGGCUUUCCAUGAGUGGAAAAAGAUGGAAUAAACUGUCUUAACACUUGGAGGAUGUUAAAGCUGUUUAAUGAUAAGAGGUGUUUACUCUUUUUUUUCCUUGUAGCUUUAGUGAAUUGAACCAGCCAGCCAAAGAAGGGACACUGAGUAGUGUUUCUAGAGGCAGCAUGCUGGUAGAUUAGCCAAACCAGUUUGUUUGUCCCUUGUGAUCUAAAUAUAGGGAACCUCCUUAAUUAGGGAAGGCAUCUGAGCUCUGUGCAACUCUUAAUACACGCAGGGAGAUGAAGUUCUUCCCUUAGCGCCCAGCUGAAGGGCACUGCUAGUGCAAGGCUUCCCUCCCUCUGCAUGGAGCUCGGCAGUUAGCAGAGCAUAGCACUGAAAGUUCACAGAAGUUGAAACUGAAAAUGGAUUGCUGCAGUGAGGUGUUUGUUCUGAUCUGGAAAGGGUGAGCAGCUCGGAUGUAAGGAGAAGAGAAACCUGUUCUGUUGCCAAUGUGAAGUAUUGGAAGAGUAACGUCUGAAACUGUCUGGGACAAAGAGGACUGUUUUAUUAUCUCUUCUUUGGAAUUUCCUGAAAUCCUAUUUUAUUAUAAUCAGAAGGCUUUAUUAAAGCUUUCUUGAAGUUGGACUCCCAUUGUCUGGACGGAUCCAUCUGGAAAUGGUGGUUCUUAAUGACUUCACCAAUGGCUGCUGUUCUGGAGAAGUCUUCAUUACUCUUCCAGCAGUCUGUAGAGCUCGCAGCUGAAUGUAUUUUAAUAAGUGAAGACGAGCCUCAAAGUAUUGUGAGUGAAGACGAGGAUUUCUCCUCCUAUCCAGGGCCUGUCAUGGAUGAAGAGACUCAGCACAGCCUUGAAUGCAUCCAAGCUAAUCAGAUUUUUCCCAGGAAGCAGCUGAUCCGAGAGGAUGAGAACCUUCAGGUCCCAUUCAUUGAACUUCAUGGUGAGAGUACAGAGUAUGUAGGACGAGCAGAAGAUGCCAUCAUUGCCCUUUCUAAUUACAGACUUCACAUCAAAUUCAAGGAGUCUGUUGUGAACACUGGCUGUCCAAACGAUGCUUGUGAAACCUCAGUUCCAUUGCAGCUUAUAGAAAGUGUUGAGUGUCGUGAUAUAUUUCAACUUCAUUUGACUUGCAAAGACUGCAAGGUUAUAAGGUGUCAGUUUUCUACUUUUGAGCAGUGUCAAGAUUGGCUUAAGCGUCUGAACAAUGCCAUCCGCCCUCCUUCCAAGAUAGAAGACCUUUUCUCAUUUGCCUACCACGCAUGGUGUAUGGAGGUGUAUGCUAGUGAAAAGGAGCAGCACGGGGAUUUGUGUCGGCCAGGAGAACACGUAACUUCAAGGUUUAAAAAUGAAGUGGAGAGGAUGGGUUUUGAUAUGAACAAUGCCUGGAGAAUUUCCAACAUCAAUGAAAAGUACAAGCUCUGUGGUAGCUACCCCCAGGAAAUUAUAGUUCCUGCCUGGAUCACGGAUAAAGAGCUGGAGAGCGUGGCAAGCUUUCGGUCUUGGAAGCGCAUCCCUGCUGUUGUGUACAGGCACCAGAGCAAUGGAGCAGUCAUUUCCCGCUGUGGACAACCUGAGGUCAGUUGGUGGGGCUGGAGGAAUGCAGAUGAUGAGCACCUUGUCCAGUCCGUAGCCAAAGCCUGUGCGUCAGAUUCAAGGUCCAGCAGUAACAAACUAAUGAAUGGAAAUUGUUCAAGAGAUUUCUCCAACGGAGGAGACCUCUCUGAUGUGGAAUUUGAUUCCUCAAUCUCUAAUGCCUCGGGAGCAGAGAGUUUGGCAAUACAGCCUCAGAAGCUUUUGAUCUUAGAUGCACGGUCCUAUGCAGCAGCUGUGGCUAACAGAGCCAAAGGUGGAGGCUGUGAGUGCCCAGAGUAUUAUCCAAACUGUGAAGUAGUGUUCAUGGGAAUGGCAAACAUUCAUUCUAUCCGGAAGAGCUUUCAGUCCCUGCGUCUGCUCUGCACACAAAUGCCAGAUCCAGGAAAUUGGUUGUCAGCUCUGGAGAGCACCAAAUGGCUGCAGCACUUAUCUGUACUUCUGAAAUCUGCACUACUUGUGGUUCAUGCUGUGGACCGAGACCAGCGACCUGUCUUGGUGCACUGCUCGGAUGGCUGGGACCGAACCCCCCAGAUCGUGGCUCUGGCCAAACUGCUGCUAGAUCCCUACUACAGGACCACAGAGGGUUUCCAGGUGCUGGUGGAGAUGGAGUGGCUGGAUUUUGGCCACAAGUUUGCCGAUCGCUGUGGCCAUGGUGAGAAUUCGGAUGACCUCAAUGAGCGCUGCCCGGUGUUUUUGCAGUGGCUGGACUGCGUCCAUCAGCUCCAGAGGCAGUUCCCCUGCUCUUUCGAGUUUAACGAAGCAUUCCUUGUCAAAUUGGUGCAGCACACCUACUCUUGCCUCUUUGGUACAUUCCUGUGCAACAAUGCGAAAGAGAGAGGAGAAAAACACACUCAGGAACGGACCUGUUCUGUCUGGUCUUUGCUGCGGGCAGCAAACAAAGCCUUCAAGAACCUGCUCUACUCCUCCCAAUCAGAAUCUGUGCUGUACCCAGUGUGCCAUGUGCGUAAUUUAAUGCUCUGGAGUGCUGUUUACCUGCCCUGUUCUUCCCCCUCUACACCUGCUGACGACACCUGUGCCCCAUACCCUGUUCCAGGCUCUAGCCCUGAAGAUCAGCCCCUGGGCAGGUUACCAAAGACAAGAUCCUUUGACAAUCUGACGACAGCCUGUGACAGCAGUGUGCCUACAACCAACCGGCGUAGCAGUGACCCCAGCCUGAAUGAGAAGUGGCAGGAGCACCGCAGGUCCCUGGAGCUCAGCAGCCUCGGGAACCCCGGGGAGGAUCCGUUUGAUGGGGAUGGCCUGAGCAAGCAGGGCAGGGCUCCGCUGGGAGCAGAGCUUUCUGUUGCAGCCGGUGUGGCGGAGGGACAGAUGGAGAACAUCUUGCAGGAAGCCACGAAAGAGGAUGUUGUUCUGGAGGAGCACUUAAGGGGCAGCCUAGAGACUGCAGGUAAAGGGGAUGAGAUUGCCUCGGAUAAGGAGAAGAGAACUGAAAAUCUACAUGGGUAUGUCAGCGAACUGUGUGAAAAGGCUGAGGAUAAAGGUAUGGUAAUGAACAAUCCAUGUCCGGUUUCACAAGGUGCUUGUGAGCUUAAAGGACACCAGGAGGAGCACAUUGAUCUCAGUAACACUAUCCAGAAGUUACCUCAGGUGAAAGGACUACAGACUGUUCCUUUGGAGAGUUUUGUAAAUAGAGACACUCAAAAGAACGUGGAGGAAGGUGUGGGCAAGCCUGAAGGAGAAGGAGAAAGCCUGCACGGCGUAUCGCACGCCGGCCUUCUGUUACCUCUUAUGAGCCUGCACGAGGUGAGGACAUCCAACAUCGAGAGUUCUACAGAAACCUUAACAGAGAAUGAGGCAAAGCAAGAGCUGGUUCCCAAGGGUCCGUGCCACAGAGCCCAUCUGGUGGACAACAGUGCUGACGAGCUUUCGCGAACUAUUGAAAACAGGCCGGAGGGGGAAAGCGGCAUAGAACUUCAGAAACUGGGCACAAAAGUACAUAGGACUUCUGGUAGCAGCAGCACACACAUCCCAAUGCCUUCCCCCUGUGCCUUGCCUUUAGGUGAAUGUAAAGAUGAGGUUGUGUGUAACGGAGAGCUGGAGCCCGAGAACAAGAUGACAGAGAAGCCUGCAGGGCUUGGUAUCGUGCAGAAAUACCACGCGACAAACGGGCACUGUGUGAACGGGGAGGACGGGAGGAUGAAGGCCUCUCUGAGCCGGCAGGUCUCUGCAGCGAGCUGUAGCUCUGCACAGCUUCACCUGAGGAACCUGCACCAGAAAUGGAUGAUGAGUCAUCUCGGGAAGCAGCAGGCGGCCGGCAGCCCGGACCAGCCUGCCAGGAGCCACCUGGACGAUGACGGGAUGCCUGUCUACACCGAUGUCAUCCAGCAGCGCCUGCGCCAGAUUGAAACUGGGCACCAGCAAGAGGUGGAGACCUUGAAGAAGCAAGUACAAGAGCUGAAAAGCCGGCUGGAGAGCCAGUUCCUGAACAGCUCCCUGCGUCUCAACGGUGACUAUGGAGACGAAGUGACUUCUAUACCCGACUCGGAAAGCAAUCUGGAUCAGAACUGCUUGUCUCGCUGCAGCACAGAGAUUUUCUCUGAAGCCAGCUGGGAGCAGGUGGACAAACAGGACACAGAGGUGACACGAUGGCUUCCCGACCACCUGGCCGCACACUGCUAUGGCUGUGACAGCACGUUCUGGCUCGCCAGCAGGAAGCACCACUGCAGGGACACUGAACGUGUUGAUCAGAUCUGGAAUUGCGGCAACGUGUUCUGCUCCAGCUGCUGUAACCAGAAGGUGCCAGUUCCCAGCCAGCAGCUCUUUGAGCCCAGCAGAGUCUGCAAAUCGUGCUACAGCAGUUUGCACCCGAGCAGCGCCAGCCUUGAUCUUGAACUGGACAAACCCAUCACUGCCACGUCAAAUUAAAGGCCCACCUGGGAGGCGGGGGGCCCUUCCCCGGGCGGAGGAAUGUGAUCUCAGUGGGCUGAGACUGGAAGGACGAGGGGGCGAGGAGUGCUGCUCAGUGGGACGGAGCUCAGCCGUGCCGUGCUGUGCUGUGCUGUGCUGCUGCAGUGUGGGCAUCUCCUCUUCCAGCCGUUCCCCUUUCCUUUCUGUCCUAUCUGUGUGUAUGUGUGUGCGUGUACGCGCCUGCGUGUGUGUAUAUAUAAUAAUAUAUAUAUGUUUGCUUGUUUGCUGGAAGAUUGUAGAAGUGGGAAGGGAGCUGGCACCAGAACCACAUCUCCCUUUUGUAUUUCACUGUCCCACUGCUGAACUGCGUUGCAGACAAUUGGGUGGAGGAAAGGAGACGAGGGGAAUCGGCGCAGCCAGCGUGCAAGGUGAACGGCUGUAGCCUCAGCGCUCGCGCUUUCAGUCACUCCUGUUACUUCCAAACAAGAAACUGCUGUUUGGGAAUUUGUUGCUGCUAGAAGAAAUGGGAAUCUCUUUCCCAAGAGAGCACUCUCCCUCUCUGUUCUUAGAGUGGGCUUAGCUAUCCUUGCUGCGAGACGGGGGAUCGCGGGUUCUGCCGCAGCCCCGUGGUGCUGAGUGGGGACAGCCGGGCAGCUCUGUCUGCAGGAAGUGCCCGGUGUUGGUGAGCGGUGAGGAGGGGCCGAGGUUGGUGUCACACCAACACCUCUGUCUGAAGUUGUGUAAAUGCAAUUCCUUAUUUAAAACCCAGUGGGAAAAUAGCAGCCCUCGGAUGCGUGUCCUUGUCCCACCGUAGGUCGGUUUGCUCAGUGCAGAGCUCCUUAUCGCAGCUCCCCCUGCAGCCACGGCCCUGCUGCUCCCACUGCACUUCGGUGAGGGCGCUCAGAGCGGUGGCGCUUCGAGCUGUGCUGCACUGCACUCCUGCUGCAUUUGGUCCCUGAGGAAUGCACUGCGCUGCAGCGUUCUGCCACGGCCGCCCCUUUUCCACUCAGUGUGCUCCAGGUAGGAAGGAUCUGCCUGAGCACUGCAUCAGGGCUCACCGUACAUCGUGGACUCCCCUCCUUCCUUCUGCCGCAGCCUGAGUUGCUUUUUGAGUCACCUCAAUAAAGUGUGGAUCUCUUGAAUAUAUGUUUUUAAGCGAGUGUGAGGUCCUCGGCCCCUUCCCCCUUUUGACAGAGCAGCGUUGCUCGGUGCAGUUGUGCAGGAGAGGUGCAUCUGGCCGUGUCCUGCUUUGCAGUGUGCUGCCUGGCCCGGCUCACACCUCCUGCGCUGUUCUGUAGGGCACAACAAUCCUGCUGGGUAUGGAGAGCUCAAAGAGAUAAUGAACAAUCCUUGGGAGGGGAGCACUGCCCUUCCCUGCAGCGUCACAAUCGUGGUCUGCGGUGUCAGACAGAGACCAUCUCAUUAAGUCUGGUGGGGAAAGAAACGACACAGAGCUCCCCGUGCCAACACCGCCGCGCUCUGAGCUGACGCUGCACGGGCGGAAAUGAAGUGAAGGCGUGGGGGCCGUCCUGGCACAGGGAGGGGCCUGGAGCAGCCGCAGAGAAAAGCGAAGAAAAAAGAUGGGUCCUCCCGUGGAGUUUUGCUCUGUUGGCUCCUGAAGCACCGCAGCGCUGUGUGGGGCAGAGCUGCAGGCGCCGCAGGGGGAGGUGGAGCGCCGGCUGUGACACCGACAGUGGGUGUGCGGUGCACGCGGGCCUCAGAGACACGCGUGGGUUCUGCAGGCGUAAGGACAGGUGCCAAGGGGUUUGAUACGGGUUUCUGGGCUCUGUGAUGUACAGUGUGAAUAAAUGCUUGCAGCUCUUAGUCUUUUUUUGAUCGACGAAGCACUUUUUUAUUAAUAUUAUUUUUUCUUUGUAUGUAAAGGAGGAAGCAGUAUCUCUCCAUAGCUGUACAUAUAACCUGUCUCUCCUACAGAGAGUAAAGUGCUCCUAUAUUUUUCAUUUUUGUCAAAGCGAGAAGUAAAUACUUUAGAAUUGUUAAAUAUAUAAAUAAAAGUGAAUAAAGUUUAGCAUUUUGCAUGGGA